AUGGAACAGCCGCGAGAGGCGCAGCCGGUGGGCGACGUGCCGGCGGACGCGAAUCAGCACUGCCCAGGAACGGGAGCGGAGGAGGCAGGAAAGGCAGCGGCGUGUGCGGGGUGUCCCAACCAGCAGGUCUGCGCCACAGCGCCCAAGGGGCCGGACCCAGACCUAGCAGCCAUAGCGCAGCGGCUGCAGGCAGUGAAGCACAUCGUGCUGGUGCUGUCGGGGAAGGGCGGCGUGGGCAAGAGCACGUUCGCCGCCCAGCUUGCAUGGCACCUGGCGCACCAGGACAAGCAGGUGGGCCUACUAGACAUUGACAUCUGUGGGCCCAGCAUCCCGCGCCUGAUGGGGGUGGAGGGGGAGGAGAUCCAUGCGAGCGCCAGCGGGUGGUCGCCCGUGUAUGUGGACGAUCGCCUGGGCGUCAUGUCCAUCGCCUUCAUGCUGCCCCACCCCGAUGACGCCGUUGUGUGGCGCGGGCCCCGCAAGAACAGCCUCAUCAAACAGUUCCUAAAGGACGUGGACUGGGGCGAGCUGGACUACCUUGUUGUAGACUCGCCGCCCGGCACGUCAGACGAGCACAUCUCAGCCGUCCAAUUUCUCAAGGCGGCUCACGUGGACGGAGCGAUCGUGCUCACCACCCCCCAGGAGGUAUCGCUGAUGGAUGUGCGCAAGGAGCUGAGCUUCUGCCGCAAAGUCGGCCUCAAGGUGCUAGGCGUCGUCGAGAACAUGGCGCACCUGCAGGUGCCUCUCUCUGCUGUGCGCUUCUCCCACCACCCCACUCACACCGCCACAUCAGCUACCACGUCAGCUGCCAGCAUGGCGACAGAAGGAGCCUCCGACACGCAUGCGAGCAUCGCCAGCAACACGAGCGAUCCAGCAGGGGAGGGGGAGGGCGAGGAUGUGACGGCCCGAGUGAUGGAGGCACUGAAAGCGCUCUUCCCCGGCACACUGAGUGUGCAGGCGGACAUGUUCCAUGUGGGCAGCACAGGAGGGGGCGAGGCCAUGGCAGCAGGCAUGGGAGUGCCCUUCCUGGGCCGCGUGCCCUUUGACCCCUCGCUGGGCCGCGCUGCCGAGGAGGGCCGCUCCGCUGCUCCUGACCAUGGCGACGACGCUGCUGCAACUGCCGGUGGUAUCGGUGUUGCUGCUGCUGCUGCUGGUGUUGGCGGGGAUGGUGGAGCAGCGAAUGGGGACGUGCGGAAGGUGGAGGGGCUGUCACUGGGUGCGGCUGCGCUGGCGCGGAUAUUCGACAGGAUUGUGGCCACGGUUGAGAGUAGCCUGCAGAUGAUGCUUGAGUCGACUCAUCAGACAAGGCUAAGUCCUUCGAUGAGAGCAGCAACAGGAAAGCUGACAUGA